GCAUUUAGGCAACGUCACAAGAAAUACGUGAAGCUGCUAAAGUUAGCUAGCUAAUACUUUACAGAUAUCAAUGGCGUUUACAUUAUAUUCCCUUAUUCAAGCGGUGAUUUUGUGUGUUAAUGCUGUCGCCGUAUUGCACGAAGAUAGAUUUUUAAGUAAAAUUGGCUGGGGUGUGGACCAAAGUGUUGGUGGAUUUGGUGAUGAACCAGGCAUCAAAGUGCAGCUAAUGAACCUUGUCCGCUCUGUGAGGACAGUGAUGAGAGUGCCCUUGAUUGCUGUCAAUUCUGUCUGCAUUGUGUUGUUGCUGCUUUUUGGCUGAAGAGAAGACUGGACUGAAUUUGGACGCUGAACUAAGAGAAGACACUUUUAGGGGUCAGGGGGAUGUCACCCUGGCACCUGGAGGAGAGACCCCCCAAGAAGAAGAGCACACCCACACGUUUAUGUAUCUCAGAGAUUCAACAUUAAAUUUGAUUUCCUUUAUUAUUAUUCCUUACCUCAUUUGUCAAACCUGUUGGGCUUAGGUCAGGUUAUGUGACAGUUCAGAUGCAAGAAAAAUCUGGGUUUACUACAUUCACAGUUUCUUUUACAGACACCUGUUAGUCAAUGUUACAGCACAAAGCAGUUCAAAAGUGCCUACGGUUGCUUUUGGAAGAUUUCUUCAUUGUAAAAGGAUAAUUGACUUUGAUCUCAUGAUUCAACUUUCUUUCUCCUUAUUUGAAAUUGUGGUGCAUCACAGUUCUGAUGGUAUAUUCUAUGUAUGUUGCUUUUAACAUAUUCCUGGAUAAAAAGUUAAGUGUAUGUAAUUUGAACAGAUCUACUCUAAAACACCAUUAGUUGGGAUAUGUCAUAUUUUGUGUCCCAUGCGGAAUUUAAUUAUGUAUGACCUUUUCUAAGUAACUUUCUAUGAAUUACUUUAAAGAAAAUAAAGAUUUUUU